AUGGCCACCUCUGCCAAUCCCACAUUCCAGGGCCUUUCUCCGCUCAACCAGGUCUGCGCGCAUGCGGCCCUCAAAGUCGCCCAGGCUGCCUCGAUGCUCUUCCCUCCUGCCUACGUCGGGCUCUGUCUCGUCCGCCGGAGGCCCAUGAGCGUCAGCCGCGCCAUGCGUGGCGCCGAGCUCAGUGUGUUGGGAGGUGCGGCAGUCGGCUGGGGUGUGGGUUAUGCGCGUCUCCGGGACCAGAGUGAGGAGGCGAUCGAGGACCGCGUGUACCGUCUUAAGCACAACGCCUCGCAGGUGCGCGCGGAUGACUACUCGGCCAUCGGGGCGUUCAUGGGCAUGCUAGUCGUCCCCGCCAUCUUCCUUAAGCGUGCAAGCAUCUUCAGCCUUGCGGCGGGCGGCGCGUCGCUUGGUCUCGGUGCCGGCGUGUGGGUUCACAUCUUCAAGUCGCUCACCGAGGGAAGUGAGCUCAAGCCCGAAGGCAUGGCGAGCGAGGUCCCGGACCUGCCCGGCAAGAAGUAG